UUUACGUCAAGUCGUCAAUAGGUACUGCAAGAACAGCUGUUUACAUUUUCCUAGAAAAUAAUAAAUUACAAAACAAAAGAAAUGAAUGAAGAAAUAGAUGAAUAUGAUAUCUAUCAUCAAGAUUUUACUACAGUUUCCGAGUGGGAAGUGUUUAUUGCCCGAAUAGAGGAAAUACUAAACGAAUGGAAAGUAUCUAAAGCCAAAAUUGCAAGACCUUCAGCAGAACAGACAAAGAAGUGGGUGUGUAAAGCCGAAGAGUUCAGUUUUCAAGGCCUCAACUUUGUGCUCUCUUAUCAUAGUUUAGAUCCUAUCAAUAAAAAUAAUGGAGAUAAGUCAGAUGAUAAGGUAUUAAGAGAGGAUAUACAAAGUGGGCUAUGGGCAUCCACAUCUCAAUUCAUGGAUGACAGUGAUGGUAGCCCAUUCCCUGUGUCUAACUGGUUCGGAUUAAAAAGAUACAUCAUGCUGUGUCCAAGUUCUCCUAUGGUGGAUGGUAGUCUUAUUAAAGUAGUUAUGAGCUCUGUAAAUGUUGCAUUUGCCAAUGUUGAUUGUGGAGCGCCAUUUUUUGUAAAAAUUAGAGAGCACUGGCAGCAGAGCUAUUUAGGUUUCUAUGAAGAUAAUGAAUACAAAACUAGUUUUGAUGUAAUCCAUUUGAAACGGAUAUCAAAUCAAUGUUCUCAUCUUAGUGGUCUUAUAAGUUUAUUUAAAUCAAAGAUUGCUUCUCCCGUGGCAUUGGAUACUGUAUUAGUGUCUGCUAAAUAUUCAUAUGAAUUAAAAGACUGUGAUGCAUUUGCUUGGAAAAGGACCAAUCAUGUUAAUGAGUUCUUGUCAAUUGAUGGGUUUGAUGUUAAAAAGUUGACAGAGUUACCAUUUGGUUCUGAUAAGAAUCCCAUACAUAGUGUCUUAUUGAAUGCCAUAUGGCCAAGGUUUCGUGAAUCUACCAUAGUUGAUUCAUCAACAUAUUCCGAUAUUGAUCCAAUAAUGGCUCCAACUUGGACUAUUACACUAAAAAUGAGGGAUAAAAUUAUUUGUCAAUUAUCUGAGACUGUGAACAAAAUGAUGGAUUUGCUUGAUAACAAUAAUCUAUUAAUGGACACUUUGGGACUGAGUAGAAGUUUGGGCUUAGUGAAUCCGCUACAUAAAAUCACAGAAGCUCCCAUAACAAUAUCAAAGCUUGUGAAGGCAGCCAUGGGGCAGGGGUCCAACGUGUCAGAGUUUAAAGGUCCGAUAUCUGAUGACCUGUUGAUGCCACUUUUGUAUUAUGUAUUUCCGGAUGCAGUUGAUGAUAAUAGUUUCAAUUAUCCUAAAAACUUUGAGGUUGAAUUCAAGCAGGCGGAUGGAGAACCAAAACUUUGUGGCUAUGUCAAAACAAGUCCAGAAGGCGGUUUGGUGUGGAGGCUGUCAGUAACUGCUGCUAUGCUGCAUGAUGCUGGGGGGUUGCCAUACUUGGCACACCUCUGGUAUGAGUUCACUCAGGAGCUGCAGUAUAGAUGGGAGCAUCGGAUUAUUGUGCCAGGAAUCGCAGAAGGGACGCCCAAUGCACGAACAUGUCUGCUGCACCAAAAACUACAGUUAUUGAACUGCUGCAUCAAGCGAGCGCAAGAAGGCACCGGCAGCGAGACUGUCAACUCGAAGGGCAACUCGUCCGAAGAUGAAUUCUACGACUGCUCCGAUGGCGAUGAUGCGGAAGACCAGCCUCUGUGGGACCGGCCUGUGGGGAGACUACAUAGACUUGGUGAAGCGACCCUCAAAAAUGGAGCACCCCUCUAUGUGCCUCGUACUCAGGAUCCUGCACCUAAGACUGAAGACCAAUUGGAAGAAGACGCCGAGCUAAUGGUUCGACUCGGAGACGAUGCUAGAGCUUCAGAGCUGCGAGCGAGAAUGAUGAGCGCCUCUUUACUAUCUGACAUGGAGGCGUUCAAGGCUGCCAACCCUGGGGCGGAGCUCUGUGACUUUGUGCAGUGGUACUCCCCAAGAGACUGGAAGCCAGACGACGGAGGUACCUUAGGAGAUCGAAUGUUGUUACCAGGGAAUCCGUGGGCCGAAACCUGGAGCGUGGCCCGUCCAGUGCCUGCAGCGAGACAACGCAGACUCUUCGAUGAGACCCGGGAAGCAGAACAGGUCCUUCAUUUUCUGCGUUCGCGGACUGUAAGUGGAGUGUCUGAACUUUUAUUGCCCGCCAUUUUAAGAGCCGGGGCCGUCAAAGCAGUAGAGGAAGGGGUUCCCGGCGGAAGUGCGUGUGUCGGUGGAGUUGAUAAAAGACGUACCUUUGAGAUAGCUGCGCGAGAGAUUUACGAAGCUGAGAAAGAGGCUUGCAGAUCGCUUUGUGUCCGUGCUGUGUUCGGGAGCAGUGUGGAAGGGAAGCCUCUGGACGUAGCAGGGAGAGCGAGGAUGUUGACCGCGGCCGGUGGAGCGCUGCCAGCGCCUGCGCGCCGCGAAUUCACUCUGAGGGUGAAGGAUUCCGUCGCUCCGCAAGUGAUGCGAGCGGCCCUCGGCGCCGACAUGACCCUCGUGGGAGCCUUCACCGAGACCAUAGUAUGCUUGUAGCAGUUUUCCGGCCUGUGAACUAAUGAGAUGAGUCUUCCUUUGCAUUUGGUGACCUUCUAAUCUUCUCAAUUAAUAUAUUUGAAUAAGUCGCGUUGAAUUUUGAAAGUCUAUCAUUUGUGUAAAUUGGAUCGUUGAAUGUAAAUAUUCAGUUACCGCGUAUGUUAUUGUUGUGUUAUUAGAUUUUACAAUGAUAAUGUCAUAUAAUAGUUAUAUUAUGGGACUAUUUAAGUAAUAAUUAUUAAGUAAGGUGCGCUAGCUUUCUUGAGUUUAGUAUAAUUAACAUAAGCGAAAUAUACAUAUGCAUGCAUGUUAACUUCCGAAUAA